CAGUGGACCGCAAUUGCGAGUUGAUCCAAGCUGUAGAAUAAUGCAUUUCUCUGCAUUAUUUAUCUAUACUGUGUUCACAGUCUCCACAGCCUGCGCGUUUGUAAUACAAGAAAACUACGACUUUCAAGUAGAACUUGGGGAUGGCAAGCUGAGUGCAUUGCAACUCGCCAACAAGUAUGGCUAUCGAACGGAGCUAUUUGAGAUUGAAACCAACGAUGGAUACAUUCUGGAGCUGCACAGAAUCACCGGAAGUGGAUCAACAAUGUACGACAAAAGCUUACCGCCGGUUCUGUUGAUGCACGGAUUGCUGGCUUCUUCCGCGGAUUGGUUGAUGAUUGGACCCGGCAACGCUCUGGCUUACGAGUUGAGUGAUAUGGGAUACGACGUGUGGCUCGGGAAUGCUCGGGGGAAUAGGUAUUCCCGAAGGCAUAAGUACCUCUCUACAAAUGAGGUUGAGUUUUGGGAGUUUUCUUGGCACGAGAUAGGAAUUAUUGAUCUGCCUGCAAUCAUUGAUCAUAUAUUGGAAGCCACACGGAAGCACAAAUUGCACUACAUUGGCCAUUCACAAGGGACAACCGCAUUUUUCGUUAUGGGUUCUCUGCUGCCAGAUUAUAACGAGAAGAUUUUAUUGAUGCAGGCUCUGACUCCGGUCGCAUAUAUGGAACACAUGAGCAGUCCCUUGCUGAAGAAGUUUGUGAAGCACUUGGGAACAAUUGCUACUAUCAUUGAACUCUUUGGUUUAGGUGAAUUUAAACCUGUUCCCAAUAUCCUAAUCGAUCUUGCCAGCUGGAUAUGUCCAGGCUCGAAGCCCAACAAUCUGUGCGUUAAUGCUCUCUUCUUGCUGACCGGAUCCAAUCCGGAACAAAUAGACCCGCUUAUGAUUCCAAUUCUGUUGGGUCACAUCCCAGCUGGAUCGUCUACCAAGCAGAUAUUGCACUUCGGGCAGGAAGUUCUCUCGGGACGAUUUUGUCAAUUUGAUUACGGUACGCGCAGAAACCUUAUCAUCUAUGGCCAGGAAAAGCCUCCGGAUUACAACCUGACCAAUAUCGUGGCACCGAUUAUUCUGCAUUACGGAAGGAAUGAUCAUCUAGCUCACGUAGAGAAUGUGGAACGACUCGCUCGACAAUUACCAAACUUGAUGGAGAGUCAUCUGAUUGAUAUGCCUCUUUUUAACCAUAUGGAUUUUCUGAUUGCGAAAGAUGCGAAGAAACUGUUGUAUACUCAAAUUGUUGAUAAUAUUGAGCAAUUUAAUCGUUACAACUGGGUUAGAUGGAUAAAGCCUAUGAGAUAGGUUCUUUAAGGGGGUAUUCUAGUGUAGAGACACGAAUUUCGGACGUUUUUUCGAACUCCGUAAAAAUAAAACAAAGAAUAUUUUUACUAUCCAUUA